CUACCAUAGCGAAUUAAGCACACCCCUAAACAAAAUCAAUCGAGUCAUCAGUCAUCAUACUCCUCAGACGUCGAAGCUUGAAACCCUAAGACACAGGGAAGGGCGUGUGCGAGGGAGCCAAAGAUGGCGGGUGGCAAUCCAAAACCAUCCACCAACACCAACAACAAGCCACCUCCUCCCAAUUCCUCUUCCUCUGACCGCAAAUCUCGCUGGGAGUCCUCCUCUUCGGCCCCCACCACAACCGCCGCAAAUCCAUCCCCCUCAAAAAAACCAACGACAACAACGACAACAACAACAACCCGGAAUUCCUCCGAUAAGCCCACCCCCAAACGCGGCCCAAACCCAAACCCAAACCCAAACCCAAACCCAAACCCAAGCCCACCUUCUCUAGGCCCACCACCACCUCUUCCGCCGCCCACUUAUGGGUUCCACAUGCUUGACCGCCGCACUAUUGUUCUUGCUGAUGGUAGUGUCCGAUCCUACUUCGCUCUACCCCCUGAUUAUCAAGAUUUCACCCCUCCCCCGCGGGCUCAAAUUGGUCUCUUUGGGGCGUUUCCUCCUGGUGGUGGGCCCAUGAGCCCUGAUGGUUUUCGCGGCAGUAGGGAUGAUCUGUUUGGGCCCAAUUCUAUGUCCAUGAAGAGGAAGUUUGGGUUUGGUGAGGAUAGAGAUAGAGAUAGAGAUAGAGAUGGGGAUGAGUUUGCUAGGCAAAAGCAGCAGCUUUUGCAUUAUGGUAAUGCCGGUGCCAGUUUUGGUUCUGGCACGAGUAGUCCGUUUAGGCGUGACGAUGAGUAUCGAAUGAAUAAGUAUAUGAGGGUUGCUGGUGCUGGUGCUGGUGCUGGUGCUGGUGCUGGUAAUAAUGUGGGUGUCAGGCAGGAUGUUCACGUUGAUCCCACCGUUAUGAAGGCCUUUCUUCAUUUUGUUAAGUUGCUCAAUGAGAAUCCUAAUCAAAGAAAGAGUUAUUUGGAGAAUGGGAAGCAUGGGUCGCUUCAGUGCCUCGCCUGUGGCAGGUCUUCCAAAGAAUUCCCAGAUGUGCAUGCUCUUAUUAUGCAUGCUUACAACUCAGAUAAUGCUGAUUUGCGUGUGGAUCACCUAGGCUUGCACAAAGCUCUCUGUGCGUUAAUGGGGUGGAAUUACUUGAGGCCUCCUGAUAACUCCAGGGCCUAUCAAAUUCUGCCUGCUGAAGAAGUGGCUGCAAAUCAGGAUGAUUUGGUCAUGUGGCCACCCAUGGUGAUUGUUAAUAACACAAAUACUGGCAAGGGUAAAGAUGGGCGCAUGGAGGGUUUGGGAAAUAAGGCUAUGGAUAGUAAACUUAGAGAUCUAGGAUUCGCCGGGGGUAAGUCGAAGUCCUUGUAUAGUAGAGAUGGCCAUCUUGGCGUUACUCUUAUCAAGUUUGCUAGUGACCAGUCUGGUCUGAAGGAAGCCAUGCGAUUGGCGGAUCAUUUUGCAAAGGAUCACCAUGGGCGCAGAGACUGGGCCCACGUGCAAUCUACAGCUGCUGGCAGGGAUGAGGAGAGCAAUCCAAAUCUUGUUAUAGUGGAUCAGAGGACAGGGGAAAGGAGGAGAAUUCUGUAUGGAUAUCUUGCUACCGCAUCUGAUCUGGACAAAGUGGAUUUUGAAACACGAAAGAAGGUUGUCAUUGAAAGCAAGCACGAGAAACUCCAACCAUCCAAGUGAUUUUAAUGCUUUGUUGCUGUUGUGGUUAAUGACAUUAAGCAGGUGCCAAAUCUUCGGUAGCAGCUUCCUUUUAUGUCAUUAUUGCAGUAUAGUAAAGUAUAGCUUUUGCUGGCUGUUGAUGAGGAUUGACAAGUUGAGAUUCGUAAUUAUGUGGGAAUGCUGAAAGAGAGGUUUAUCUCUUUGUUUUGCCCCCUGUUUUAUCUGCUGCAAAAGCCGUGAGUGUUCGAUUACUGACCUGUAUGUUGAUUGGAAAUUUACCGGUAAUAUGGGAGAGUAAAGUAGGCUUCAAUUUUUUCCUUCGAGAUAGCUAUGCAUUUGACUUUUUAUGUAGGGUUAGCUAGGGCUUUGUAAUGACGAUUACUAUGACGAUUGGAAAUGCAUUUGAUAUAUUUACUGAUUUA